GUGACUAUAUGGAGAAGACGGCGUAAGUUGCCUUUCUGGGGAUUGGUUGCGUGGGGGAUACUUCGACACAUGCAAAAUUUCACUACGAGAAUUGGUGCAGAGCUACGGUCUAUACGCCGAGGAUGAUUCUAUGUCCGGCUGGUUCCACGGAGGGUUGCAUAAGCUUCUUCUGAAUGAGCUUCCUCCGAUGAAGCAGAUUCUCGACUACUGCCAGGAACUGGUUGGGAUUACGACUUGCAGAAGGGUUUUCGAGUGGUUUUCACUGGCCAUGGCGUGGGUGGAGCAAUAUCUCACAUGGCGUUGCUCAGCAGGCUUCUCUGUCUUCCUAAUCAAAGCCUACUGCAGUGGCCGACGAACAAUUUCGUUUCAAUAGCCUUUGAGGCUCCGUCUAUUUGUAACUCUAAAGCUGGGGAGUAUCUGAGACACAUUUUACCUGCGGAGGAUCUGUUUGUGAACCACGUCACCGACGGAGAUGCUGUUUGUGUUCUUCUCAAUAAUCUCGAAGAACUGAGGAGAGAGGCAAAAUUGUCAGCAUCCCAUCAGCUGAUGGCCAAGAUACAAAGAGUGUCAAGUCUGCUGUCUCCAAUGGCUGUGGAGCUUGAACCCUCGAUCUUGGAAGAACUCACGGAGAUCAUGGUGGAGAUCGGCUCAUGUUUUCCCAAAACAAUCCUCUCCAUGGAAGCAAUACAGCUGCAGGGGGGACGUCCAGAGCACCACUAUUGCCCGUUUGGCAAAUACUGGCGUCUUACAAAGGCAGCGGAUGGCUCUCCCUGUCUGCCACAAGCUAUCCAUCACUCGAACAUCUCCCAAAGUGCCGUGUCCCUACGGCCAGAAAGUUUCGAGGCGCACAGCAUGACGACAGCUACCUGUCAGCAGUUCUCGGUCAAGGUCACGCUCUUAAUUACCCACCAAGCUAUCCAGGAUCAGGAGUGGAGAUCGGAAUGCCUCCACGAGUAAUUUCAGCUCUUCUGGAGAUGGUUCAAGGGGAAGAUGAUAAUGCCUGUGCCCGAUCGUCACACUCCAAGUUUGCUCGUAUAACGUUCAAGGGAAAGAAUUUGGGUCUGCUUUUAAGCAAGAAGUGCGAAUUUCCCUUGUUGAGACAGCUCUGGAAAGUUGUUUUGUCAGAUUGUGACGCCGAGAUUGUGACGUUUCAGACUACAAUGCCAAUCCAACCAAAGUUGCUCGAAGAGCUGACAAUAAAGAACACGCAUCUCAAUACCUUCGUGCAAAUCCAACCAAAGUUGCUCGAAGAGCUGACAAUAAAGAACACUCAUCUCAAUACCUUCGUGCAAAUUACGACAGCUUACGGAUCCACAGGUGACUCGGUCCCUAUAUUUAUCAAGGUGACUCGGUCCCUAUAUUUCUCAAGUGGAGGGAUAUGGC